CGGAAGGAGCGGGAGGAGGAGCCCCCGGGAUCUGGAGUUGUUCCCACGUGAGAGGAUCGCGCCGGAUUCCUCCGGUGCGGCGGCCGCGUAGUGCCCGGUGCACGGUGGGGCUGAGAUCACUGGCCCGGCGCGCGUGGGCGGCCCGAUGCGGCGGCGGCUCCGAGGGCUGUGAGCCGGGCGUCCGCCGUCGGAGCCCCGCGCGCCGCCGUGGGGCCUCGCGUCCCGGGCACACGGGAUGCGGGCGGCCGAUUCGGGUUCCUGGGAGCGCGUCCGCCAGCUUGCGGCAUACGGCCAGCCGGCUCCGUCCUGCGGGCGGGACACCGGGCCCGCGCGCGUCUCGGAGCCCGGAGCCUGCAAGCUAUGCACGGACGCUACGCGGCCCCGAGAACAGCAGGGAGCUGGGGCAGUCCCCGAUGCAGCCGAUGGCUACAACAGCCAACCGGUGCUCCUGCGGGAGGAAGUGGUCCAGCUUCAGGAGGAAGUGCACCUUCUCCGACAGAUGAAGGAAAUGCUGGCGAAGGACCUGGAGGAGUCACAGGGCGGCAAGUGCUCCGAGGUCCUCUCAGCCACUGAGCUCCGGGUGCAGCUGGUUCAGAAGGAGCAGGAACUGGCCAGAGCCAAGGAAGCCUUGCAAGCCAUGAAAGCUGACCGGAAGCGCUUAAAGGGCGAAAAGACAGACCUGGUGAGCCAGAUGCAGCAGCUGUAUGCCACGCUGGAGAGCCGAGAGGAGCAGUUGAGAGACUUCAUCCGCAACUAUGAACAGCACCGAAAGGAGAGUGAGGAUGCUGUCAAAGCGCUGGCCAAGGAGAAGGACCUGCUGGAGCGAGAGAAGUGGGAGCUUCGACGGCAGGCCAAGGAGGCCACGGACCAUGCUGCGGCCCUCCGCUCCCAGCUGGACCUCAAGGACAACCGCAUGAAGGAGCUGGAGGCGGAGCUAGCCAUGGCCAAGCAGUCCUUAGCCACACUGACCAAGGAUGUCCCCAAGAGGCAUUCACUCGCCAUGCCCGGCGAGACGGUGCUCAAUGGCAACCAGGAAUGGGUGGUGCAGGCUGACCUCCCACUGACUGCUGCCAUCCGGCAGAGCCAACAGACUCUUUACCACUCCCACCCUCCCCACCCUGCAGACCGGCAAGCGGUCAGGGUGAGCCCCUGCCACUCAAGACAGCCCUCCGUCAUCUCCGAUGCUUCCGCUGCUGAAGGUGACCGGUCAUCUACACCUAGCGACAUCAACUCCCCAAGACACCGGACACACUCCCUCUGCAACGGCGACAGUCCCGGCCCAGUUCAGAAGAGCCUGCACAACCCUAUUGUACAGUCACUAGAGGAUCUUGAAGACCAAAAACGGAAAAAGAAGAAGGAGAAGAUGGGAUUUGGCUCCAUCUCUCGAGUCUUCGCCAGAGGGAAGCAACGGAAGUCCCUCGACCCGGGCCUCUUUGAUGACUCCGACAGCCAGUGUAGCCCCACACGCCACAGCCUCAGCCUGUCUGAGGGAGAGGAGCAGAUGGACCGUCUACAGCACGUGGAGCUGGUGAGGACCACGCCCAUGUCCCACUGGAAGGCUGGCACAGUGCAGGCCUGGCUGGAGGUGGUGAUGGCCAUGCCUAUGUACGUCAAGGCCUGUGCAGAAAAUGUCAAGAGUGGGAAGGUGCUUCUCAGCCUGAGUGACGAGGACCUGGAGUUGGGACUGGGUGUGUGCAGCUCCUUGCACAGGCGCAAGCUCCGCCUGGCCAUCGAGGACUACCGAGAUGCCGAGGCAGGCCGCAGCCUGUCCAAAGCCGCUGACCUGGACCAUCACUGGGUGGCCAAGGCCUGGCUGAAUGACAUUGGCCUGUCCCAGUAUUCCCAGGCCUUCCAGAACCACCUGGUCGAUGGGAGGAUGUUGAACUCACUGAUGAAGCGGGACCUAGAGAAGCACCUGAACGUGUCCAAGAAGUUCCACCAAGUUAGCAUCUUACUGGGGAUUGAGCUUCUGUACCAAGUGAACUUCAGCAGGGAGGCCCUCCAGGAGCGCCGAGCCCGCUGUGAAACACAGAACACAGACCCUGUGGUCUGGACCAACCAGCGGGUGCUCAAGUGGGUGCGCGAUAUUGACCUGAAGGAGUAUGCAGACAACCUGACCAACAGCGGUGUCCACGGUGCUGUGCUGGUCCUGGAGCCCACAUUCAAUGCCGAGGCCAUGGCCACCGCCCUGGGCAUCCCCAGCGGGAAGCACAUCCUGAGGAGACACCUGGCAGAGGAGAUGAGCACCAUCUUCCAUCCAUCCAACUGCACAGGCAUCCGGGAGUCUGAGCGUUUUGGGACACCACCUGGCAGGGCCUCCAGCAUCACCAGAGCUGGGAAAGAGGACAGUAGCGGCAACAGCAAGUACAGAGCUGGCCGGCUGCCCCUGGGGAAGAUAGGAAGGGGCUUCAGCAGCAAAGAGCCUGACUUCCACGAUGACUAUGGCUCUCUUGAGAACGAGGACUGUGGGGAUGAGGAGCUCCAAGGCAGGCCCGAACAGUGCCGUCUGGAGGGAUACAGCAGCUUGGAGGUCACCAACGUGUAAGAAAGCCAUGUGACUCGACUCCAGAAGAGCAGGGAGGAGGAGCAGCCCAAUGUCUCAGAGCCGUCCAUCCCCCCUGUACAGCAUGACCCGGAGCUGAGGACAGACAGUGUCAGAACGGAGUUCCCAGAGAUGGUCACAAUUUCCAGUGGACACCAAGACAGAGAAUGCCCACCUAGGUGUCUUGUAUCUCUGAGGAAGUAUCGCCCAGCUGAGACCCAGCAAGUGGCCCUGGGGCUUCUGUUCUAAGUACAAGCCAGGUGCUGCUGGCACUUUACAUUGGUCAAGGAGGGUCAGUCUUUGGGCCUGGAACACCCUGCUGGGAGGAGCAGGAAAGCCCCCCGGACAGCCUUGGCAAAGCCAGCCUUGGCAAAGCCAGCCGGCAGCGGCCAGGUGGUGAAUGCUGACCACCAGCCCACUGAGCAGAGAACCUGAACUCUGACCUCCUCAUCCACUCUGGAAGGAUGCAGAAUGGCCCGGGCAUUCCUCCCACUUGAAGGGCAGCACAUCUUGAGUUGGACGUGUUGGGAGCAGGAGGGGAAUCUCUGCAGGGAAGAGGGGACUGAGAACAGCAGUCCUAGGGCUACAGACAUCCUGUCACCAGAGUGAAUGUGAUUUCAAGAGUGGGAGGGGGUAGUUACUGAGCUCUGCCCCAAACAGCUACUCCAAGUGUGGACAUAAAAUGGGAGACUGCCUGUCAUUAACCCGACAAACCUCUGUUGUGAUGUCCCUAUCAGCUCAGACAGGUAAGCUCACCCAUGAGCUAACAGAGGUGCAAAUCCCACAGAACAAGGUCACCAGGUUGCCAGCGUAGGGCCUUUCUAGCCGCUGUCUUGAUCUGAUCUGCCUCAGUGUUUUGCUGUGUGGCUUCCUCCCAGUGGCCUCACCUCUCUGUGCCUCAGUGUCUUACCUGUACUACUUCCAGUUGCUCCCAGGGGAGCUGUUAUGGAUUAACAUUUGCUAACAUUUGUCCCAAGCUUUGAACCUCUCAGGAAACAGCUGGAAGGGAUGGGACAGCGGAGAAAGGGGCCUAACUUCCACCCACAACAUUUGCAGACACGGGGUGAGCUCGCCCCAUUUUGGAUGGGGAGACAGGCAACGGGGCGAAGGUUUAAUAGUGAGAGUUUCCGAAAGCCACCAGCAAGGUCUUGGAGAGCCACCAGCACACUCUGAAGGCCCACUGGGUGCAAGUCUGGGAGGGCCACCAGCACAGCCUGAAGGCCCACUGGGUGCAAGUCUGGGAGGGCCACCAGCACAGCCUGAAGGCCCACUGGGUGCAAGUCUGGGAGAGCCACCAGCACAGCCUGAAGGCCCACUGGGUGCAGGGUCCAAGCUGACUGAGCAGAGACUGCCUAUCAAUGGCAGGGAGGAUUGUGGGGUAGCUGGGCUCAGUACCAGCUCUUCUCAGAUCCCCACAGCUGACAGCAGAGGGUGGGCAUGGGGGGUGGGGCACCGCCUCUGAACCACCAAAGGCAGACUUCGGCAGUGGUACUGAGAGCUUCCCUUUGUGGGAACUUGACAGUUGCUGAUCCCCAUGUUAAAGACAUGGGUCCCCCAGGUACAGUCUCCCUCACACCCAGUGGUCACUUUUAGCAGAUUCUGUCUUGACUCUUUACCACGGGAUGCAGAGGUUGUCAGGGGACUAGAUUCAGAAGUGGAGAGAGGGGCUCUCUCCUAAGCCUGGCCUGCAUAGGGCACUUAGAACAGGGAACCCCGCAAAAGACUGGGGUCAUGAAGAGAGGUGGGAUCCCGGAGGCAGAUGUAAUUUGGACUGCAGAACCAUGAUGAAGGGCUCUCUAACUACGAUCAUGACAGCCCUUCCCAGAAGGCCAAGGAGCACUUCACAGGUUGUGGGGGAAAGUGUCUCCUGGGUUGUGGCACCUUCUGGGUCUCACUUUACAGAAGCCAGUGUGAAUGGCGAUGAUGCCCCUGACCCACGGAGGGUUUGUAAAAUGCACGGCAAAUGAACAGUGAACUGCAGUGUCUGGCACCUUCCCAGAGGGAAUUUUAACAAUGUAAUAACAAUAAAUGCUUGGCGUGAGCCAAUCCUUUUUUCCUG